GCGCCGGGGGACGGUGUCUUUGCUUCCUCUCCUGUCUGUCCAGAGUCUGUGUUCUCACGUCUGUCCUCGACAUCUGCAGCCCGUACUCGCACCACGACAGCCGCCAUGGCGUCCUACUCGUUCACGAACCCGGCUACUUACCACCUCCUCAGCUACGGCACCCUCCUCGGCAGCACGCUCUUCCAAUCCUUCAUCUCGGGCGUAGUCGCCUACCGCGUCCUCCCGCGCCCGCAAUUCUCCACGCUGCAGAAACACACCUUCCCCGUGUACUUCACCCUGCAAACCGCCGCGCCCGUGGCCCUGCUGCUGACCUACCCAUCCGGGCCCUCGCGGCUGCUGCCCGUGCUCUCCUCUGCCCAUGUCCUCCCGACACCCACAGAUAACUUGUCCUCGUACCUCAUCGCCACCAUGUUCGCAACCGCCCUUGCCAACCUCGUCUACCUCGGCCCGCAGACCACGCGCGUCAUGGUCGAGCGCAAGCACCAGGAGACGAGAGACGGGAAGGCUGCGUAUGAUAAGGGGCCGCAUAGUGUGGCCAUGCAGAAGCUGAAUACAAGGUUUAGUGUGCUGCAUAGUGUUAGUAGUGUGGUGAAUUUGGUGGGGUUGGGGGCGAUGGUGUGGUAUGCGGCGGUGUUGGGGGGUGGGUUGAGGGUGGAGUUGUAGGACGAUCCUAACAACUUUGACAGUGGGAGCUUGUAGGUAUUGUGGUAUCUAAAGCUGCUAUCUAGUCAGGCAUUACUUGCAUUGUAGGUAACGAAGUAUUCUGUAGAGUUUUCUCACGUGCUUCCUACUUUACUGUUGCAUGGUGGAAUCCUCACUUGAAACCCUUAGUCCGCCGUUCACUCUGCAACGAGAGAGCCAUCUCAUCCAGUCAGAACCACGAACCCAGCCACGCUCGCACACUCCCGCCAGAGCAGCAGACCCCAGCCUCCCCC